CAUUGCAAAAACACACCAAACACACAACAUAACAUGUAAACGAAACCUCUAAUACUACACACUGCACAAAUCCACAGAAAAAUCCACAAAAAAAUGGCGCCCAACACAAAAGAGUUGGAGGUGCUGUAUGAAAACGAAUCAAUGUCUAGCAUGGAAGUGGAUGAAGAACAACAAGAGAAGCAUAUGCAGGUGUUGCCAUGGAAGCCUCGAGGCUUUAGUCGAUUCAAUCUCUUUUCCAACAUGUUGCGCAAUCCCAUUGUGUUCCAAAGUGAUUUCAACUUUAGUCAUUUAAAUGGAAUUCAAGUAACGCCGCCAAAACAUCGUGUCGCAUCUGGUAGUUCCAGUCGUCGACAUGACCAACAUCGUAGCAAACACAGCAGACGUGAUUCGUCGGCGCAUUCUUGCAGUGAGUGCCAUAGCGCUCCAGUUCACAGCAGCGCUUGUCCGGGUAGAAAUUCUCGGCAGGAAGCAUUUUAUGAGGACGAUAGGCGACAUAAUGAUCAUGAAUGCGAUAAGAACUGCGCGUUGUAUUUUAAGGAAAAUAAACAGAAGAAGAAGAAGCCUUGCAAUGAAGUACACGAAACCGCGUGUUGCCAAACUCGCUACUCGCGUCAUCCGCAAACGGCUAUAAGCGAUAAUUCCAUGCCUACAGAAUGCUAUGACAUCGUGCGUUCCGCUAGCAAUUAUGCUUGCAAGGGACGAGGUUCCAGUGCUGAACGUGGGCGCCAACAUUCAAACAAUCCCAAGCGACAUUCGAUAGCUCAUUCGGUAACACAUGGGGGAUCAUGCAGAGAUUGUCGACCGUCGGAUUAUUCCGAGUUCAAGGAAGCCAGAGCGCAUGCUUUACGUAAUCCUCUGGUGGUGCCCUCUUGCACCAAGCUAAGUAAAAAACCUCCUGUCUGCGACACUAGCUGCAAAAAGGACUGUCCCGGCCCCGCCCCCAGCUCUGGUCCUAGUCGCGGUUACGGUCACGCUCCAGCGCCACCACCUGUGCAUACAAGAACUAUCUGUGGGUGCAAAGGAGCUGCUCCUUCAGCACCACCAAAAGUGCGACACCGUGUAGAUCAAGACGACGACAUGUGUCAACAGCAGCGACAUCAACAGGGGGCACGCUAUGCACCAAGUUACGAUUACGCGCCGACCUGUAGUCGAAACACUUUUGAGAGAUGUCGAUCCGGAGAUACCUUAGACCAACGUAGCGUUGAGAGCUAUCCAUAUUCAGCGAAUGAGAACCGAGCGAUGUCUCCAGCACCACGUGCCAGCUACAGAGGCUCCAGCGCUCCAGAUGCAAUGGACUAUAAUGCAAUGGCCAUGCAUUGUGGAAAUCAUGGAUGCUAUGUGCCAGCAAGUUACUUCAGGUCCACGCCAGCGGGCGCAAAGCGUAAACCACGUAAUACGGGCGCCAAAAGAAAGAAUACGAGUGCUCACUUAUCAGCCAGAAGAACCAAGUCGGGUUACUCUGCCAGCAAUAUGUUUAUACCAGCGGGAUUUUAUAUGAUGCCAAGCACUGCGCUAAUGUCCUAUCACAUGCAACCACACGUGAUGCCAUUGAAAAAGCGCAGAAACCGUAAUCGUCUAGGUGGUUCCGGCGUUAGCGGCCAUCUAAAGCGAAUCCCACGACGCACGCCCUCGGGCAGAGUUUUGCUAAACUCCUAUUUAUAUAAAAUACCUUCCAACAGGCCAACUAAGCUCUAUAAGACGCGCCACAUGCCCAAGGUGAAUCCGCGUCCAACGCGACCGCUGCACAGCAUCAAAAAGUUGGAAGGCAUUCGCAUUAAACAGCGCGAGGAUCGCUGUUUGGGCGGCCAGCCACCUAGCAGCCAGCAGGCUCGAAAUGUGGUGCGCACGCGUCCUCGAGAGAGCAGCAGAGCGAGUCCAUCCAGCAGUCGCGUGCCAACGUCAACGAGAAGCGAACGCAUCCCCAUACGUUCACCAAUAACAUCACAGGGUCAGCUGGCAACCACUAAAUCCCGUCGCUCAGAGCGCACAGCAGCUCUAAGCAGCAGUCCAUCGCGCAGGGAGCAGCCACAUCGUUAUAGAAUGCCGCCACAGGAGAUGUCCAGACGUCCCAUCAUAGUGCAGGACUCGCAGCCACAAUUGGGAGCACCACCCACAAGAAGACGUUCGGGCAAUCCAAUAGAGAGCUCUAGGCGCGAGCGAGAACGUUCGCGCAAUCUAUUAGAAUCUAGGCGCGAGAGAGAACGCUCGAACAAUUACCUAGAGAGCUCCAGACGCGAGCGAGAACGCUCGAGCAAUCCAUUGGAGAGCUCCAGACGCGAGCGAGAACGUUCAAGCAAUCCCUUAGAGAGCUCCAGACGCGAGCGAGAACGUUCGCGCAAUCCCUUAGAGAGCUCUAGACGCGAGCGAGAGCCGAGCGAAUUUAAACGCGAGCAAGAGCCGAGCGAAUCUAAACGCGAGCAAGAACCGAGCGAAUCUAAACGCGAGCGAGAACGUUCAGUUGCACCAAGCGAAUCUAAACGCGAGCGAGAGUCUGCUGAAGAGCGACGCGAGCGAAAGUCACAAGCAAGAGAUAAUGAGCGCUUAUCGCAAGUGAAUUCGGAACAAUCUACGCAACGACGUAAGGAAGCAAAGCCCAGACGCUCCACACGCUCAAUGCCAGCGGCUGUGGAGAGCGAGGAGCCCAUAACGUCCACUGAAGCAGCAGCCCAGCCAGCUGCUAUGGCAGAGCCAACAGCAGCGCAAAUGGACACCUAUCUGGACAACAAUGUAUUGCCCUUCUAUCGCGGCAGUUUUCUGGCAGUGCGUGGAGCAAGCUCUCGAGCGCCUGGCGUGCAUGCAUCGCGCAUUAUGCAGCAUACGACACGUGGCUCGCUGAUACACGUGGCACAGCAAAUGCGCAACAAGCCGCCUACAGGGCUGAUGCGUCAAAUGCUGCCCAAGUGGCAUCUGCAUGGCUUUAUGGCCAACUCGCCCAUUAUGGAGAUGCGCAGUCGACGCGCCAUGCGUCGCUAUGAGAAGCGCAUGGCGCAGUAUCAGCAGCAGCAGCAACAGCAAGAACUUCAGGGUCCCAGCGGCUUUAACUGGCGCAAGUACUGCCCCAAUUGGCUGCUCAAGGGCAAGGCCACUUCAACAGUUUAGACUUUGCUAAAGUUUU